GAGGGAUUAGGUUGGCAGCGGUAGACGCAGUACAGGAAACAUCGAAUUAACGUGAACGUCCUUUCGCGUCGCUGCACACUUCCGUUUCGCCAUCUUUUACCUCAGAAACGUGCGGUUCGCGUCGUAUCGCGUGUGUAUCACGCUGUUUUAGCAGUUUUAGCAGUUUUAGCGGUUUUAUCGACUACUGACUUGGUUCUACGAGCCGCAAAAUGCCGGGUUUUAGCAGCGUUGGUACGUUUAAAAUCUUCAUUGGUAAUUUAGCCGACAAGACCUCGAACGCGGAUAUAAAGCCACUGUUCGAGAAAUACGGCAAGGUCGUGGAAUGCGACGUGGUAAAGAAUUAUGGCUUUGUGCAUAUGGAAAAUGAGGAAGCAGGGAGAAACGCCAUACAGAAUCUGAAUGGACAUAUGGUCCAUGGACAGCCGAUAAAGUGCGAGGCCGCAAAGAGUCGUAAGGGUCCCAACACUCCUACGACAAAGAUCUUUGUCGGCAAUCUCACAGAUAACACGAAGGCGCCGCAAGUGCGCGAACUGUUUGCCAAAUAUGGCACGGUCGUGGAAUGCGACAUUGUAAGGAACUACGGUUUCGUCCAUCUUGAAGCGACGGGCGACGUGAAUGAUGCCAUCAAGGAGUUGAACGGGCAGAUCGUGGACGGGCAGCCGAUGAAGGUCCAGAUAUCUACCAGCCGGGUGCGACAGAGGCCAGGAAUGGGUGAUCCGGAACAAUGCUAUCGAUGUGGACGAGGCGGUCACUGGUCCAAAGAGUGUCCCAAGGGAGGUAUGGGAGGUGGGCCAGACAGAAAUGGAUACAGAGAUCGAAUGUUUGGACGCGACCCGUAUCCUCCACCGCCACCGCCACCUUUCCUUCGGGACCGUCUCAUGGGUGGUGGCCGCUUUGGAGACUACGAAAGCUACUACGACCGGCGGGGCUUCGAGGACACCAGGGAUCUCUACGAGAGGCGGUUUACGGGUAUGACAGGGCCCUGUGACAUGGGAAGUUCCAUGUGCGGGCUAGACUUUCCACCAAUGCCUCUACCACCAAGACGAGACCCAAUGCCUCCUAUGCCUCCUCUAGGUAUGGGAUCCAUGCGUGACACUGGCUUCUCCCGUGGUAACGAGUAUGGCAUGUUCAGCCGCCGAUCGCCCCCUCCAAGUGGCAACAACGGCCGGUUCAGUAGAGGCAUGUACGAGGACUUCAGCCGAGAUUCGUUUGAAGAGCGUAGACCGGGAUUACGAGGGCCAUCGCCGUCGCGCCGGUUCGCACCAUACUAAAUCGUCGCGUCGGGCUCGGAUCGGUCUCUGUCGGUCGCCGUCGGUCCGUCGGGUCUGUCUGUCGCUAGCAGGAAGCCUCGGAACCGAGAUACUCUUGGCCGUCUUGCGAACUGCACGCGUGAAGAUCUGCCGCCCGCUCUAUGAGAACAAGUGUUACCCGCAGUGCGAUUUAUUUAGGCGUAAAACAAAAAAAAAACACGGAGGCAAAAGUAGAGAGCUAAACGAAAUAAAAACCAGUCCAAAGUAGCAGAGACAAAAAUAGGAAAUAUCAUCCGAAUUAUCUCCUCCCCCCACACUCCCCCCGCCCCCGACCGACGAAUCCCUCGUAUCUCUCCGAGACUCCCGGCUUAUCGAUCCUUUCGUACCUCUCUUGUUGUCAACUAUUAUCUUGUUGUCUCUUUAGGCCCCCGCACCCCUCCCUCUACGUCAUGCAUUUGUAUAAAACCGCAAUUAAAGUGAUCCUCGACAUUAAGAACUCGAUGUAGCUCCUCCACCGCGGAGACUCCUCGAUCCUUGAUUCUGUAAAGUUUCUGGAUAAGUAUUUUUUAACGGACGUUUCUCAUCUCUCACUUUUCGGGAAAGCAAUAGAUUUUGGGGCGUAAAUUUACACGUUUAAUUUUAGGGGGGGGAAGAUAUGGGAUCGACGAGCAUUCCGGUGGGGUCGUAUUCUGCGGCGAUCGUUUCGGUUUUUCUUUAACGAUGACACGAUAAUCACCUUUCUUGGCCUGUUUUCCUCCGCUGCGCCGCAAUCGAUAGCUUCUUGUCGCGCGCGUACGCGUCGCAAAAGUUGCUGAACGAUUAGCAAUCGACACGAUCACAGGCACAGCGUAAUUUAACAUUGCUAGAUCUAUCUUAUUCGAUAUUAUGCCGAUCAUCUCUCUCUUUCUCUCUCUCUCUCUCCGCGCAAUAGAGCUAGAGCAAAAAACGUCCUGAUCGAAAAGCAUUGUUCGCGGAAUUCCCGUCGAUUCUUAUUUAUUGCGUAUCAAAUAAAUAUGUGUAUGAAACUUUUCCUCCUCUUCGCCGGGAGUAGCGCGAACAUUCGUGCAACGAUGUUGAAGGAUGCUCUAAGGGAGAUAUUCAUAAUUAUUUCUUGAAAAGUGAAUUUAUGCGUGUAAAUAAAGGAUAUCUUAUUUAUACAUUAUAAUAAGAGAAUCUUAUUUAUGCUUAUGUAUAUUAUAAGUAAGAAUUUCUGAUGCAGCAUGCAUAAGUAAAUUUUUAUUCAAGAAAUGACUACGAAUAUUAUCAUCUUAAAUAUAUCGUAGAGAAAACAUGAUGAAUUGUACUAGAUAUGCGCCAUAAGCUUUUGCUCGCUUUAAAAUUAAUGAUCUUGUCAAUUGGCCGCCUCGCGAAUCUCGAUCAAAUUUCUAUUUUUUUAUGAUUCAAGUAGAUCCAUCAGCGAAAAGCCGCGACGCGGUUCUUAAACAAGAGAAAAAAAUUGCGGAAUAAUAUUCUUCGAGCGAGCGAUUGUAUAUUUAGAGUUUUGAAAUCGGCGAAUUUUGAAACAUCGUUAAAUCUGAGAGCAGGCCUCAUCUUCCGAAACGAUUGUUGUACACAUGUCGCUCCGAUAAGUAAUAUUCCAUUAUUUUUGACAGAUACUUUUGUAUAGAGCGUAAAUUAGUAAUCUUACGUGUUUUUAACAUGCUCGUGAAAGAGUAUCGAGAAGACGUAGGCUGUGCUUGAGAAAAAAAAAAAAGAGAAAGCGUUCACACCAAAAUCUUUCCCCAAAUGGGAGGGGGUAAGCGUGCAGGUUCUCGAUUGUUAAAAGGAGAAAACCGAUUUCCACAAUACCGUUUCCCGCUUUUAUCGCAAAAAAAAAAAGAGAAAAAGAAUUAUAUAUAAUUGGACUUACAUUAGACCCGGUAGGAUGCGCCGAUUCUGUAUGGGAAACCUGAAUGGCCGAACAUUAUCGUUAGCAUAUAGUAACGUAACGUAAUCUUUUUAUUAACGUAGGAUUAAACUCCAACAUAUAAAAAAAAGACGUGUUGUAGUUUGUAAUAAUCGCACUUUCGUUUCUUUUUUUGAGCGUAGACACUUGCUGUAAGUCUUUUUUUUUUCUUCUAUUCUCCCAUCUACGCCUUUUGGUUUUUUUGCUGAAAUACGACCGUGUUUUUUUUCAUUGAAGAUUAUAUAAAUUAUAACCACGAUAAUGCAAAUAAUAAUAAUAAUGAUACUGGAUAUAAGAAAUAUGUAAUAACAAUGUAUUUGUGAAAUUCACAAAAAAACGACGUGUACUGCGUUCUUUAAUUACAUCA